ACGUCACCAAAAUACAAUUCUAAUUUAAACUUUUCCGUUCAAUAUACAAUUUUUAAUAUUGCGCGAUGAAUAUAGUAAAUACAAAACUUUAUUCUUUUCAUAAUAAAUUACGUUACGAGUUCUACUAACUUACCAAUCGUCAAGACAAAAGUAACUACGAACUCAACGCCAACAAAGAUGGACGCCGAAUGAAUAAUUUCGACGAUGUCCACACGAUGGCGCUGACGACUUAGAGCCAAACGACAGCCGUUCUUCUAUCGUGUCUGUGCCUUAGCUGUAGUCAGAGAUGCUUCCCUUUAAAUUACUAAACUGUAGAAACUAUUCCUUUAAAACUUUAAAUACUUUCUACUUUAAUCCUGUAUUGAAUCCGUGCAACCGUUUGUUCAGUCAACAAAAUGAAUUAAAAAGAACUUGUUUGCAUGACUUUCAUUUGGAACAGAAAGGAAAAAUGGUACCAUUUGCAGGCUUCAAAAUGCCUGUACAAUAUGGCAAUCAAAGCAUCACCGAAUCACAUUUACACACACGGAAACAUGUGAGUAUUUUUGAUGUCUCUCACAUGCUGCAAUUUGAGAUUCAUGGAAAAGACAGUAUUGAAUUUAUGGAAAGUCUUACAGUUGCUGAUAUUCAAGGUUUAAAUGAUAAUCAGGGAACUUUGACUCUUUUUACUACUGAAAAUGGUGGUAUUAUUGAUGAUUUAAUUGUUACAAAAGUAUCAGAUGAUUAUUUAUAUGUUGUUUCUAAUGCUGGAUGCAUUGAGAAAGAUUUGGAUCAUAUUCAGAAACAUCUACAAGAAUUUAAAACUAAAGGAAAAGAUGCCAAGUUGCAAGUAUUGAAGGACCAAGCUUUAUUAGCUGUUCAAGGGCCUGGAAUGCAAAAGAUUCUUCAGCCAUUUGUUGAUAAGAAUCUUGCCAAAUUAUUCUUCAUGAGAUCAACACUAGCAUCAAUAUCUGGUGAAUCUAAUUGUCGUAUUACUCGUUGUGGAUAUACCGGAGAAGAUGGAGUUGAGAUAUCUCUUCUGGCUAAAACUGCAGAAAGAAUAAUCAAAGAAUUACUUGCAUCAAAAGAUGAUGUUAAAUUGGCUGGUUUGGGUGCUAGAGAUACUCUGAGAUUAGAAGCUGGAUUGUGUUUAUAUGGUUCUGAUAUUGAUGAAACAACAACGCCUGUUGAGGCUGGCUUAACUUGGACUAUUGGCAAAAGACGUAGAAAAACUGCUGAUUUUCCAGGAGCUAAAAUAAUACUUGAUCAGUUAGUAAAGAAACCAUUACGUCGACGAGUUGGUUUAGUCAGUACAGGACCACCAGCAAGAGCCGGGACACCGAUCGUGGAUUCUUUGGGAGAGGAAAUUGGCAGAGUCACCAGCGGAUGUCCGUCGCCUUCUCUGAAGAAGAACGUGGCCAUGGGAUACGUUCCUACGGGUAAUUCUGCUGGUGGAUCCAAAGUCUCCUUCCGAAUAAGGAAUAAAUUAGUGGAAGCAGAAGUAGUAAAAAUGCCCUUUGUUCCUACUAAUUAUUACCUGCCCAAAUCCUAACUGUCAAUUUAUCCUAACUAACCAGUUUACUUUUUUACCCCAUUAAAACAUUUCCUCUCUUUAAAAAGACAUUUCUGUACUUUGUUAAUUACACCAGACUACUAUACAAAUUCCAGCAGAAUAAUUCUGCCCCUCCGUCGGUGUCGUGUUUUUAAAAUCAUUCCAAACGGCGAACGUUUCCACAGUCAAAUGGAGUUGUACCAUUUUGGAAAAUUGUCUGUGGUGUAGAAAAUGUGGAUUUUCUUUUUUAGUCAUUCAAAUACGACGUUGCCAAUUUUAAGUGCUUUUUGACUACCCAUCACUUUUUGUAACCGUUUUGACACACCCCCCAUGCCGACGUCACAUUACGUGCCAUCCCAAUAUCGAGAUCGAACAUUUCUGUAAAACAGAGCUAAAGUGUAUUGAUGUAUUCACAUUUCCUUUCAAGGCAAAGCCAAUUAAAAAAAAAAAGACUGACUAUUACUA